AUGCGUUACACUGCUGCCAUUGCUGCCCUCGCCGCCGUCGGCGCCCAGGCCCAGAACCCCAUCUCCCAGAUCUCCGACGGUCAGAUCCAGGCUCCCCCUGCCACCUCUGCCAUCGCCUCCCAGAUCUCGUCGGCUAUCGUCUCUCAGAUCUCCUCGGUUGCGUCCUCGGUCGCUGAGUCUGCCUCCGCCGUCGUCCCCUCUGCUGGAUCCAGCGUUGUUGCUCCUUCCGUUACCCCUGCUCCCGCUGUCCCAUCUGGCGUCAACGCUACCGCGUCUGCCUCCAGCGCCGUCAGCAGCAUCAUCGCGUCCUUCAGCAACGCCACUUCCAGCGCCGGCUCUGCCACCUCUUCCGGCGGCUCCUCUCCUUCGGCUCCCGCCUCUGGAGAGUCCUCGCCCCCUGCCAGCCCCAACGGUGCUGCCGUCACCAUGGCCUCGUUCGGUGCCUUCGGCGCUGCCGUCCUCGCCUUCCUCGCAUAA